AUGUCUGAUCCGUUGAGUGUCGCCGCUUCGAUCGCAGGACUCAUCUCAAUCACAGUAGAGGCCGUUAAGUUCCUCAGCCCAUAUGUGUCAGCAGCGAAAGAGACCCCGCAGGUCGCGGCGCACGUCUACUCUGAAGUCCAGAGCACCCAGGUCAUACUGAUGGGGCUUCAGAGCCUGACAAAAAACCUCAGGUCUGUUAACGUUCAGCACGCUGCCCUGAUCGAGGUGAAUCAGGUCGUGGCGAUACUCACAGACGGGGUUCUGCUUUACUCGGAGCUGCAUAAGGAACUUCAGUCCUUGUGGAGUAAAGAUGGCGUGGAGAAAGUACCGCUCAGAGGGCGUUUACAGUGGGUAUGGAAGGAGAGUACCUUUGUCACACUCUUGAACAGACUGCAGAGCUUCAAAAGCUCAAUGACACUUGUCUUGAUGAUUCUGCAAAGUGACUCUUGCCAAACAGCAAAAGAACACCAGGAGCAGCUCUCCAAUAACGUCAAGGCCCUUCUAGACAAUAAUAACGCUCUGUCUCGCAGGCUGAUGAAUCUAGAGGACGCUUUGGAUGCUCAGACGAUUAUUUCCAGGCGCAUGAGCAUCCUCUCAUUGAGCGCGUCUCCAUCUGGAAACGCAACUCAGCAAUUGACUGCAGAAUCACCAGUUACAUCGAUCACCACCGAGAACAGCCUUGCUAUAUCCAAGUUUGACUUUGAAGACGAUCUUGAGUCGUCACGCGUAUAUCGCCGCGCAGUGAGAGAAACCAUGGACUAUUCAUUCCGGAGCUCGAUUGCAAGAUCACAUAGUUGGUCUGUCUUCUCGGUAUUGAGUCUAGGUGAUGUAUCUAUCAUGUCUGUUAUCGCAUUGCCGGUGUAUCAGGACGAUAUCACCAAUGCGGAGCACUAUGAUUUCGGAGAAGAACCUGCUCCCAAUGCUGAAACGCAUGCGACAGUCACGGGCCAGCCUUUGUUGAUAGAAUGCCUUGAGCUGAAGCUCAAGCUUCUCACGAUACCGGGGAUGUCGAGGUACUUUGAUGAAAUACUUCACUCUGCUGAUGACUUCUCUCAUCUCUGGUCAGUGCUUGAACAAGCUACACCACUGGCUAUUCUUGCUCAGGCUUUGGACCCGACUCAAAAUUUAGAUGUCGGUCUACCAGAGGACCUUACCGAUAAUGCCAGGAAAGAACUGGUUUUAUGGUUUGCUCAGUUCUGUCACGAUAAGCUCGAUAUCCAAACGAGGAAUCUGAUUACAGUCCAGGAUCUGAUGGGGGGUAGCUCGUAUAGCAUUUUCAAGGCAAGGUCAUAUGGCAAUACUGAAGCCCGAAAAGUUGCUAACUGUACUGCAGUCAAAGCACAAGUCGACGCCCAGCCCCCAGAGCUUCAAAAGCUACUCACAGAGCAGCGCCAGUUUGUUCGGGAUCUCGAUGAACUCCUUGAGAUGAAGGACCAACUUGAGAUGCUUUCGGGCAACAUAUUUCAUUGGUCAAGAGACCUCGCAGCUACAUAUGUCACAUUCGGUCUUAUUAUAGAACGGAACCUUUUACUUCCAUUAACACAUCAGAUAUGGGCUCCAGCAUUUGACUUUAUUCUCAUACUCAUGAGAUACGAAGCUUCAUAUUGUGUCUACUAUAGCCGUCAUAGAGCCAGCAUACAACUUUGGCUUAAAGAAGGACGUUUCAAAGAUGAAGAUAAGACCAGAGAAUCACUGGCAAGAUGUUUGUAUCUCUUGCCCACAAGAGCCAAAAGAAUUUCUAUGCUAUUUGAUUUCUCAGAGUACUUGAAAGGCCAGCCAAUGGCCACAGAGGAGCAGAAGAAGGAUCGCAGCAGGUCUCAGUCUUCUAUUGCGAAGAUUGUUUCUCAGCUACAGGAUAAGGAUAUAUCUAGGGAUACCGUAACGGCUGUUCAAGAGCUUCAACAACGAAUAGAGGACUGGAAAGGCAUUCGUCCAGGAGAUCUCGGAGAGAUGAUUCUCUGCAAAACACUUUAUGUGACAAAGAGUUCCAAAACCCACCUGGUGAGCUGCCUCUGCAUGACACUCUCCAUCACAUCUAACGUCCCUGCAAUAGUAUCACGGGUAUCUUUUCCAGAACAUGCUUCUCCUUUGCAAAGAGGCUCGUGGUCAAAGCUCAGGAGAGUCAUCGUUUUACAGGUCGAAAUCCUCAUCCGAACAGAAGCAGACAAAAUUUAUACUGAAGGGACGAUUCCACCUGAGACAUAUAAUCUCGGUCACUCCAAUAUCCAAACAUGCAACGCAUUCGAGUCUGAAAUGCGAACGUGGGCAUCGAAGAUCGACGAGUAUAGAAUGAUGGCAAUACUCAUGGCAAGGCCAAAGACUGAUUCAGAAGAACUGGAUUCCCCAAUAGAUGAGAACACUGGUAGAGCUUUCCCCUGGGGGGUGAGUAAGGAGCCGUGGAAGCGCUACGGAUUGAUAAAAUAG